UGUGAGAGAUGGUGUCGUCUGAGAGGAAACCUCCUCUUCAUCAUGAAGAAACCUCAACCGAGCUCUGCUCUACAGGAGGUGCUGGUUCUGGAGCGAUGUCAUGUUCUGGAGACAGACAACAACAAUGGACUGGUCAUUAGGUUUGACAGUGGAGAGCGAGGUGUGUAUGUAGAGUGUGUGAGUUCAGGUGAGGUUAACUCCUGGCUGGUGGCUCUGAGAGAAGCUAACUCUGAGGGGUUAACCAACCGGAUCAGACACCUCCGGACACAACUCAUGGAUACAGCCGGGAAUAACGCCGGGAAUGCCGCUGUGAAUUCUGUCGGGAAUGCAGAAACCACUGUAGUUGAUGCUAAACUGGCACCAUUGGAGUUCAGUAUAGACUGUAGGGGUCUGUCUAUAGGACACAGGGAGAGGAGACCCCAUGCAGUGGUGCAGGUGUCGGUCAUCAGCACACAGACACACAACCUCACUGAUUACUGCCGCACAGAGAUGGUAGAGAGCACCAGGGACCCAGUGUUUCUGACCGGUGUGUGCAUCUCUCCUGACUACCCUCUCACCCUGGACACUAGACUCAAGCUGACCGCCUAUCACGUCAAGGACAAAACACACAGCAUGAGGAGUUUUCUAGGCUUCACCUCCUUCUCCAUCAGAGAUCUCCUCAGGACCAAGGAGCCUCAGCUCUCCCUCAGCCUCAGGUCUGGGGAUGGAAGGACUGAGGUAGGAGAGGUGAAGGUGGGUCGCCUGCAGACCAGAGACAUGGAACACAGAGAGGGGGAUGACAACACUUCAGACAUCCCUGGACACAAGUGUCCUCUCCUGUGUGAUUCUCUCCAUGGCUCCAUGCACGACAGAGACAACAGUCCCAUGAUGAGAGCAGUCUUCAGGAGCCCAGUGUGUAAGGUCUACAGGUUCCAGACGGAGUCCAGCAGGUGGAUGCUGGUGAGGGAACAGAUGAGUGAAAGCUCUCUGUCCACCAGUCUGCCCAAACAGCUUCUGUCCUGCUACAUACAGGAGGACAUGAGGAGGGUCCAGGAGCUUUGUGACCUAUGCGAUCUUUCACCCCACUGGGAGGGGCUAAGGAGUGAUGUCAUCACCCACUACAGUCAGCUGAUCAGCACCUACCAGGAAACACUGACAGAAUUUAACAAACUGACUGGCUCGUCCUGUUCCUUUAAGGCCAGCUGUAGUAAGAGAGACAGAUAUCUAGAGUUUAUACCUGUCAACCUACACACACAGAGGAUGCAGGUCACCUGCUCACAGAGAACAGUAUGGUAUGAUGUGAUAACAGUAGGAGCACCAGCGGAUCACUACCAGGGGUUUAAACACGGUGGGCUACAGAGGCUGCUCAACAAACCAGACACCGACAAGAAGAGUGUUAGUUCAGCAUAUUGUUGUAUCUCCUACUCACCAGAGGAGAGCUCCAGAGCCAGGGAGGUACUGAGUAGUGUCUCCCAGCUCCAGCCUCUCAUCUCUGGGCUAACGGAGGAGCUACUGCAGGCCGCUCUGGAAGUCAACUCCCAAAGACUACAUGACAUACUGCACAGCCUGACACACAGGACUGAACAGUUUGUUCAUGCUCUGAAAGAUGAGCUGGUAAAGAACGCCCAAUUGGCUCUCCACACGGCAAGGCCCGCCUACCACCUCGGCAACGGACACGCCCACGUAACCCAUGGCAAUGGGACGGGUCCCAGGCCCUCCUCGGCCAAUCAGGACGGGUUACGGACGUCGAUACGGCAACAGGACUCCAUCCCCCAACACACAGAGUAUGACGAGGAAGAGUGGGACAGGGUGUGGGCUAACGUUGCUAUGAGUCUGAACUGCAUCAUCGCCAUGGUGGACCGGCUACAGGAGAGGGAGAACAGGAAACAGGAAGUGACCUCACAGACACCGAAUGAUAUCACCACCACCACCACCUCACACAACACUGACCUUUCUCUUUGGCAGGAACAGCUCCUCCCCCUAGUGGUGACUCUGAAGGAGUGCGUGUGUGAGGCGGUGGAGAGGGCCCGGUGUGCUAUGACCUUCGUCCUCCUACAGGGGGCAGCAGCAUCAGCCUGCCACGGCGUGGACCUGACACACAGACGAGAUGCUGUCUUCAGCCAGGCACUGUGUGCGGUGGUGUGUGGGUUUGUAUUGAGGCUGUACUCAGGUCUGGAGGAUAAAGACUUCCUGCUGCAGCUCUGUGAGGUGGGGCUGAUCACACAGUUUGAAGGACUGCUCAGCACCUACAGUGAUGAGGUGGGGAUGUUGGAGGACAUGGAGAUGGGAGUAUCAGACCUGAAUAGAGUCUCCUUCAAAAUAACUGAAGCCAAAUCAGAACAACCCACAGAUCUACUACCUACAGUUACUGGGAUACGGGGUUGUUUUUGUGUGGAAGUCCCGUUGCCGUCGGAGACGUACCUGUUGUUACCAGGGGAACUGAGAGAUGGGCGGGACUUAAGAGUUCACCCGUUACUGUUUAACAUCGGCAUCAACCAGCAACAGAGUCUAGCCGAGCGGUUUGGAGACAGUUCUCUCCAAGAAAGGAUCAACCACAGAAGCUGUGAGAUGUUGAAGUCUUACUACAAGACCCUGAGAGACAAGUUACCCAACCUGACCCUGCCCUGUUCCCAGUCCCCGUUAGCUGUAGAGGACAUGUUGUUGUCUCUGGAACAGUCUCUGGACAUGAAGAAGAGGAAGAACGUUGAGGUCCUGUGGAUCGCUGCCUCCGUGUGUAGGAGGUUGAAUGGUAUCAGGUUGACCAGCUGUAAGAGUGCUAAAGACAGGACCUCCAUGUCUGUGACUCUGGAACAGUGUAUGUUGCUAAGAGACGAACACACACUCAGCACAGAGCACUUUAACAGAGCACUGGACUGUAUGAGGAGGGAGGGCUGUAGGAUGGAGAACGUUGAGAAGAACAUUGGAAGCAGAAAGUACGCUUUCAACAGCAUCCAGCUGAAGACCUUCCCUAAACCCUACCGCCCUCCGGAGGGCACCUACGGGAAAGUAGACACUUAGAAGGAGGAAGGGAGAGAGGGGAUGAUGAGAGAUUUAGGGAUGAAUGAAUGGAUGGAUGGAGAACUAUAGAGGAAGGAUUAAGGUUGGAAAGCAGACACAGGAUAACAUGGAGGGAAGUGUUGAUUUAUG